CGGUUGAUUUAUGUCUCUUUUAUUAUUUAAUGAUUCAGGCGAGGCUAACGGCUAACCUUAGCUGAUGCAACACUAGGAGUUUUAGCCUCUGUUCUUGUUAUACAACCGGUCAAACGAAACAAUAGCUGAGAGGCUUUGUAAUCUGCCGCAGUUGAAAUACGAGUUUGUUAAGUGGGUGUUGACGCGCUUAUUGUUCUAAUGAUGCUACAGGAUGGAUCCACUCAGCUGCUGUGCCUGACAGCCAGCAGCGGGGUUCCUCUGUUCACCAGGGGGGCCUCCAGACAGCUGCCAUUCUCGAUCAUUGGCUCUCUGAAUGGGGUUCACAUGUUCGGAGGAGGACAUGGGGUGCUCCUGUCCUCAUGUGAGACUGAGGGGGGUGGGAAAGUGGUGUGGAGGGUGUUCCACGACAGCAUGAUGCUCAUCGCUGUGAGUGGAGGUGGCUCAAGUGGAGAGGAGGAGAUCCGCUUACAACGCCUACUGGAAAACGUGUGGAACAGCAUGGUGCUGGUGCUGGGACAGGAUGAGCUGCUUCAACUCAGGAAUGUUGAAAGACUCAAGAGGGACCUGCGCUCCUGUUUCUGCCUCAUCGAUGAGCUGCUGGAGGAGAAGCAUCAAGGACUCCUGGGGAACCUCACACACUGCGCAGAUUCCCUGCUCCCUCCAAACCCAGCUGUCCUCCAAGAAGCCGUGGACGGCUUUGCUCAGGCUGCAGACAGUGAGUUUGGCUGCCUCUUUGUCCAUGGGAGGAUUGCAGCGGCUACUGAGAAGUGGUGGCGCCUGGCACCUCAGGAAGUUGUCUUGUUGUCUGCUUUGGUGCGCACCUUAUCAGCAUCUGGAUCAGCUUCUUGUGAUCACCCAGUCUUCCUUCCUCUGGGCAGUCCCACCGUCGCCCACCGCCUUCUCCGUUUCCAGCUGCUUCCUGGAGCAGAUGUUUGCGUGCUGUGUGGUCCCACCCCAUCUUUGCUCAGAGCUGAAGUCCAACUGGUGGGUCAGUUUUGGUCGCCCCUGGUAGAAACCCUGAGAAGCUGCCUCCUUAUUGGGGAGCGCAGCUUACCUGGAUCUGUACCUCUGCGUCCUGAUGUGCUGGCCCUUCUUCUUAUUAACCGCGAAACUCGUCGCUGUGUCUCAUGUGUGCAACUUUCCACUCAUCACGCACUUACUGAUCCCAUACUGUCUACACCCCGCUGCUGGGAGCUACUGAAACUCUUUUAUAUCUUCUGCAUGUCACGGUAUUUCACCCAGGAGGAGACGUGUUGGGUUGCACCAGAAGACAGAGCUCAGGGGGGGCCCACAGAAGAACUUCAGCACGGAUUCUCCCACCAGCCUCAGCAAUGCUAUCUAGUUGCAGAAGAAUGCAAAAGUUAUGGACUUCAGACACCGCAGCACCAGCUCUUUCUGCUCAUGUUCCCAUCUGUGCCAACCUUUGCUCUACGUAAAGUUGCAACACAAACUCUCUCUGAUAUAAUUUCAGCAACAGGAUUUUAACAGGAAUAGUUUAUUUUGCUGAUGGACUUAAUUUUGAAUUUGCUGGCACAAAAAAAAGGUGAUAAAGUAUGCCUGAGAGAACUGAAGUAUAAGAUAAAGCUGUGAAAAUGCAACAUAGUUCCUUCUUAUUGUUCACUUUAGAGAUUAGUGUUUAAACUACACUGGCCCUCAACCUGUUUCUGUCAAAGUGUUGCAUUUCAUGUGAAGAUUAUUUUGUCCUGUCAUCAAUAGGUGCCUGCUGUUUCUGAUUUAAGCAUCUCAAAUCGAUUGAAUACGCAUAAACAUUUAUACUUUAA